AUGGCGCCCCUCCCGACGGCCUCUCUGCCGCAGCAGGCCCUCACCUUCAACGAUGUCUUUGAAGAUGCCGACGACGAGCCCCAGGAGCAGCAAACGGUCCAGCACAUCCGCGCCAACUCGAGCAUCAUGCAGCUCAAGAAGAUUCUUGUCGCCAACCGCGGUGAAAUCCCUAUCCGAAUUUUCAGAACUGCCCACGAACUCUCACUACACACCAUUGCCGUCUUCAGCUAUGAGGAUCGUCUAAGCAUGCACCGUCAAAAGGCCGACGAAGCCUACGUUAUCGGAAAGCGCGGUCAAUAUACCCCCGUCGGUGCCUAUCUCGCUGGCGACGAAAUCAUCAAAAUUGCUGUCGAGCACGGCGCUCAACUGAUCCAUCCCGGCUACGGCUUCCUCUCCGAGAACGCCGAAUUCGCUCGCAACGUCGAAAAAGCUGGUCUCAUUUUUGUCGGUCCCUCACCCGAUGUGAUUGACGCUCUCGGUGACAAGGUCUCGGCUAGAAAGCUCGCCAUCGCAGCCAAGGUCCCUGUCGUCCCGGGUACCAAGGGUGCCGUUGCCACUUUCGAGGAGGUCAAGACCUUCACCGACGAGUAUGGCUUCCCCAUCAUCAUCAAGGCCGCUUACGGUGGUGGCGGCCGUGGUAUGCGCGUAGUUCGCGAUGCCGACAGCCUCAAAGAGAGCUUCGAGCGUGCCACCUCUGAGGCCAAGUCUGCCUUUGGUAACGGUACUGUCUUUGUGGAGCGCUUCCUCGACAAGCCCAAGCACAUUGAGGUCCAGCUCCUCGGUGAUAACCACGGCAACAUUGUCCAUCUGUACGAGCGUGAUUGCUCCGUCCAGCGCCGCCACCAAAAGGUCGUCGAAAUUGCCCCCGCCAAAGAUCUCCCCGUCGAGACCAGAGACGCCAUUCUCGCCGAUGCAGUCAAGCUCGCCAAGUCCGUCAACUACCGCAAUGCCGGUACCGCCGAGUUCCUUGUCGAUCAACAGAACCGUUACUACUUCAUCGAGAUCAACCCUAGAAUCCAAGUCGAACACACCAUUACCGAAGAAAUUACCGGCAUUGAUAUCGUCGCCGCCCAGAUCCAGAUCGCUGCUGGCGCCACCCUUGCCCAGCUUGGCCUGACACAGGACCGCAUCUCCACUCGUGGCUUCGCCAUUCAGUGCCGAAUCACCACCGAAGACCCUGCCAAGCAGUUCCAGCCCGACACUGGAAAGAUUGAAGUCUACAGAACUGCCGGUGGUGCUGGUGUUCGCCUUGACGGUGGUAACGGCUUUGCAGGCUCUGUCAUCACGCCUUUCUAUGAUUCUAUGUUGGUCAAGUGCACUUGCCACGGCUCUACCUACGAAAUCGCCCGUAGAAAGGUUCUCCGUGCUCUCAUUGAGUUCCGUGUUCGCGGCGUCAAGACCAACAUUCCCUUCUUGGCUCGUCUGCUGACCCACCCUACCUUCAUCGAGAGCAACUGCUGGACCACUUUCAUCGACGACACUCCUGAGCUCUUUGAUCUCCUCAGCAGCCAGAACCGAGGCCAGAAGCUGCUCGCUUACCUCGGUGACGUUGCCGUCAACGGCAGCUCCAUCAAGGGCCAGAUUGGAGAGCCCAAGUUCAAGGGCGACAUCACCAUCCCCGACAUCAUCCGGUCCGACGGCACCAAAGUCGAUGUCAGCCAGCCCUGCCAGAAGGGCUGGAGAAACAUUCUCGUCGAACAGGGUCCCAAGGCCUUUGCCAAGGCUGUUCGUCAGAACAAGGGAUGUCUCCUCAUGGAUACCACUUGGCGUGAUGCUCACCAGUCUCUUUUGGCCACUCGUGUCCGCACUGUUGACCUGCUCAACAUUGCCAAGGAGACUAGCCAUGCCCUGUCCAACUUGUUCAGUUUGGAAUGCUGGGGUGGUGCUACUUUCGAUGUUGCCAUGCGCUUCCUGUAUGAGGACCCCUGGGACCGUCUUCGCAAGAUGCGCAAGCUUGUUCCCAACAUUCCUUUCCAGAUGCUUCUCCGAGGCGCCAACGGUGUCGCCUACUCUUCCCUUCCUGACAACGCCAUCGACCAGUUCGUUGAACAGGCCAAGAAGAACGGUGUCGACAUUUUCCGUGUUUUCGAUGCCCUGAACGACAUUGACCAGCUCGAGGUCGGUAUCAAGGCUGUCCACAAGGCCGGUGGUGUUGUCGAGGGUACUGUCUGCUUCAGCGGCGACAUGCUCAACCCCAAGAAGAAGUACAACCUGCAGUACUACCUCGAGCUUGUUGAGAAGCUCGUCAAGCUCGACAUUCACAUUCUCGGUAUCAAGGAUAUGGCUGGUGUUCUGAAGCCCCAUGCCGCUACGCUCCUCAUCGGCAGCAUCCGCGAGAAGUACCCCGACCUGCCCAUCCACGUGCACACCCACGACUCUGCCGGUACUGGUGUUGCCUCCAUGGUUGCUUGCGCCAAGGCCGGUGCAGAUGCUGUUGACGCUGCCACUGACAGUCUGUCUGGUAUGACUUCCCAGCCCAGCAUCAACGCCAUCAUGGCCUCUCUCGAAGGCACCGGUCUCGAGCCUGGUCUCGAUGCUCACCAGGUUCGCGCCUUGGACACCUACUGGUCGCAGCUUCGUCUCCUCUACUCUCCCUUCGAGGCACACCUUGCCGGCCCCGAUCCCGAAGUUUACGAGCAUGAAAUCCCUGGUGGUCAACUCACCAACAUGAUGUUCCAGGCCUCACAGCUUGGUCUCGGCUCUCAGUGGCUUGAGACUAAGAAGGCCUACGAACAGGCCAACGACCUCCUCGGCGACAUUGUCAAGGUUACCCCUACCUCGAAGGUUGUUGGUGAUCUCGCUCAGUUCAUGGUCUCCAACGGCCUCGAUGCUGAGGCUGUCAAGGCCCGUGCCGGUGAACUCGACUUCCCUGGCUCUGUCUUGGAAUUCCUUGAGGGUCUGAUGGGCCAGCCAUACGGUGGAUUCCCUGAGCCUCUCCGAAGCGAUGCCCUGCGCGGACGCCGCAAGCUUGAUAAGCGUCCCGGCCUCUACCUGGAGCCUGUUGACUUUGCUAAGGUCAAGAAGGACUUGGGCAAGAAGUUUGGUGCCCCCGUCACUGACUGUGACAUUGCGUCCUACGUCAUGUACCCCAAGGUGUUCGAGGACUACCGCAAGUUUGUUGACCAGUAUGGUGACCUCUCUGUCCUUCCUACUCGCUUCUUCCUCUCUAAGCCCGAGAUUGGCGAGGAAUUCAAUGUUGAGCUGGAGAAGGGCAAGGUUCUGAUUCUGAAGCUUCUUGCUGUUGGUCCCCUGAGCGAGAACACUGGUCAACGUGAGGUAUUCUUCGAGAUGAACGGCGAGGUCCGUCAGGUCACCGUCAUUGAUAAGAAGGCUGCGGUUGAGAAUGUGAGCCGCCUCAAGGCUGAUCCGACCGACUCCAGCCAGGUCGGUGCCCCCAUGUCUGGUGUUUUGGUUGAGAUGAGAGUGCAUGAGGGCUCGGAGGUGAAGAAGGGCGACCCCCUUGCUGUUCUGUCGGCCAUGAAGAUGGAGAUGGUUAUUUCUGCUCCCCACAGUGGCAAGGUUUCCAACCUUCAGGUCAAGGAAGGCGACUCUGUCGAUGGCUCCGACCUUGUUUGUCGCAUCACCAAAUAA